AUGUUUCAGCGUCGCACAGUGCUUGCUGCCAAGCGCUCUGUCGCUCAAUGGAGGAGUCUCGCAACCGCGUCUCCCGUGAGCUCUGCGCGAAACCACAAAAUUGUAGUGGUCGGCGGUGGUUCUGCUGGUCUCACCAUCAGUCACCAGCUGCUGCACUCUGGCAAAUUUGCACAAGAUGAUAUUGCUGUGAUUGAUCCAGCCACAUGGCACAACUACCAACCCGGCUGGACACUGGUUGGCGGUGGCCUCAAGGACAAAGAGGAGCUACGUAAGCCAUUGAAAAGCUUGAUUGAUCCUAAGUUCAAGUUUUAUAACAAUGGUGUUGGCUCCUUUGCCCCCGCUGAAAACUCGCUCACUCUCGAGAAUGGUGACAAGAUCAACUACGAGCAACUGGUUGUGGUGCCCGGUAUUAGCAUCAACUAUGGUGCUAUCAAGGGUCUCCCUGAGGCUCUUGCAGACCGGAACUCAACCGUUUCCACAAUCUACAGCUACGACACAUGCGACAAGGUUUUCCGCACCAUCGAAAACUUCCGCGAAGGCAAUGCUAUCUUCACUCAGCCAGCCGGUGUGAUCAAGUGUGCGGGCGCUCCGCAGAAGAUCAUGUGGCUUGCUUUGGACCACUGGAAACGAGCUGGCCUCUACAACCCUACCAGCCCCUCUGAAUCACCCAUCAAGAUCAGCUUUGCCACCGGCCUACCCGUGAUGUUCGGUGUGCCCAAGUACAGCGCCGUCCUCGAGCAGAUGCGGAAGGACCGUGGUGUUGAGGGAUUGUUCCAGCACGAUCUCGUUGCCAUUGAUGGCAAGUCUGCCGUUUUUGCUUCUCCUGAGGGAGAGGUCACCAGACCAUUCGACCUGUUGCACGUUUCCCCCAAAAUGGGUGCUUACGCCUUCGUCAAGAACAGCCCUCUGGCCAACGAGGCCGGAUAUGUCGACGUGGACGAUAACACCACCCGCCACAAGAAAUUCCCCAAUGUCUGGUCUGCUGGUGAUGCUUCCAGUUUGCCUACAUCCAAGACCGCGGCAGCAGUCACUUCUGAAGCCCCUGUUCUCGUUCGCAACCUUUUGCAAAGCAUGGAGGGCAAGGAACUCGAUGCUUCUUACGAUGGAUACACCUCGUGCCCGCUCUUGACUGAGUAUGGCAAGGUCCUUCUCGCUGAGUUCAAGUACGGUGGAGUACCCAAGGAGACAUUCGGAAACUGGUUUGGUAUCGACCAGGCUGAGCCCCGUCGUUCGUUCUGGUAUCUGAAGAAGGACUUCUUCCCUUGGGUGUACUUCAACUACAUGGUCAAGGGUAACUGGGGUGGACCGAAGGGCUGGCUAUAG